AGAACGUGAUUGGCUGGUGGAAACUCGCAUCAGGAAGUGAGUGCGUCGAAUUACAUUUGCCGACUGAAAAUCCUCCUCAUGACAAACUGCACCUGAGAUUUACACCAGUAUCUGUUUCAUUCAGACAGUGCUUUCAUGGCUGGCAGAAGAGUUGUGGUCUUCCCCUCCUCGGCAGAGCUUGGUCCAGUACUGGCCCAUUUGGUGACAAGUCGGGCUGAGAAGGCCCUCGCCUCUCAUGGCAGGUUCACCCUGGGGCUCUCUGGAGGAAGCCUCGUGUCCAUGCUCAGCAAAGAGCUGCUCGCCCUGCCAGAACUGGACUGCAGUAAGUGGGUGAUUGGCUUCUGUGACGAGCGAUUGGUUUCCUUUGAUGAUCCAGAGAGCACUUAUGGGCUGUACAAGAAUCAGUUGUUUUCCAAGGUCAACAUCCCCGAUAGUGGGAUCUUAACGAUUGAUCCCUCCCUGCCAGUCAGUGAGUGUGCUGAGAAUUACACCCGCAAACUGAAGGAGGCCUUCCCAGAUGACGACAUCCCUGUGUUUGACAUGUUACUGCUGGGUAUGGGACCUGAUGGACACACCUGUUCCCUCUUUCCAGAUCACCCUCUCCUGGAGGAAACCAAGAAAAUUGUGGCCCCCAUCAGUGACUCUCCCAAACCACCACCACAGCGUGUAACUAUGACUCUUCCAGUGGUGAACUCUGCAUGCUGUGUGGCUUUUGUGUCAACAGGAGGAAGCAAAGCACCCAUUUUGAAGGAAGUGCUGGAGGGCAGAGAGGGUCCAGCGUUUCCAGCAGCCCGUGUUGUUCCAACCAAUGGAGAGCUGUUCUGGCUUGUUGAUGACCCCGCGGCCGCCUCCCUCACCAUCCAGGUAGAGAGGCCGGGCUCAGGGGCCAAACUGUAGAGCUUUUUCAACACUGGUGUGAAAACAUGGAAGAAGAGACUGGAAAAUAAUACAGAACAUUCCUACUUUCACAUGAAAGUGUAAUCGGUUUACACAGGUGAGAUAGUGACAUAGGAUAAGGAGAUGAAGAGAAAAAUGUAGGACACCACUGUAAUUGGCAGUGUAAGAUUUAGCACUUAUUGGACACCUGUGUGUGUGUGUGUGUGUGUGUGUGUGUGGGAGAGAGAGAGAGAGCGAGCAAGAGAGAGAGGUUUAGCUUUAUUCAGGUAAUGUUUUAAGUCCCCCUCCACAAUAUGUUUUGCUUAUCGUUACAUCAGUUGAGUAUUAGACCUUUGCUGUGUAGAGUAAUGACACUAGAAGCCAGUCAUGGUUCAGUUGUGGAACAUACACAAGAGUGAUGUGAAAACUUUCAGUGCGCAUAAACUGAGAAUGAGCUUUCAGUGAAGUGGCAGACAUCUUCCAUCCAGUGGUUAAAGUUGUGAAAUAAAAAGUCUGAUGUGUUUCUGUGGAAAAAUCAUAUCAGAUAAAACUAUUAAUCAAAGUAUUUCUCCACGUCUUAGAGGGCCAUCUCGGCCCCCCUCCAAACAUAUUUCUUAGGAAACUGGAUGUUUCUUAGGAAACUCAAUAUUAAUAACACAUUUUGUCCAAUAAGCUGGCAAAAUUACUGUAUCAACAUGCUGUUAAAAAAAAAAACUAUGUUUGUUCUCAGCUCUGAGUUGCCUUCACACCCCUUGUAAAAAAAAGGGGGGGUAAAUAAAAUCCAUAAAAAUUAUUUUCAUUUGCAAUUUAAAAGAAUAAAAGGCUACUUCAA